AUGAGUACCACAGCUGGUCCAUCGAUGGACAGAGACCGAGUCAGGAUAUUCGAUGGCGGUAUGGGCUCGACAUUGCGUGACGAAGGUCUGAAAGUGCAGAACCCUCUUUGGGGUACAGAUCUGAUCAUCUCUGAUCCUAAUGGAGUACGCAAAGUACAUCAAGGUUUCCUAGAAGCAGGCUCUGACCUCAUAGGAACCAAUACGUAUCAGCUCUCCAUUGAAGGUGUUCAGAGCCACUUUGGACCUUCUGUCGACCUCGACAAGACAUUCGCCAAGGGUAUUCAGAUUGCCCACGAUGCCAUCGAGUGUCAGAAAUCAUCCACUCGCUUACCCAGCCAUACAGGUAUCGUCCUGUCUCUGGGGUCUUUCGGAUCGACGCUGGGCUCAGCACAGGAAUACACUGGAGUGUAUCCGCCACCGUACGGCCUCACGUCCCGCGAUGAUGACGAUGCCAACGAGGAGUGCAUCUCAGCUCUCCAACGAUGGCAUUUUGAGCGACUGACAACAUACGCCAAGACAUCCGAAUGGUCAUCUGUCGAAUGGCUUGCUUUCGAAACUGUACCUCUGAUCAAUGAGAUCAUAGCCAUCCGUCGAGCGAUGGCUCAGCUAGCAGCGAAUGGCACAGCCCGGAAGAAGUUCUGGAUCGUCAGCGCUUUUACGGAUGGCUUGUUCCCGCUCCCCAUACCCGAUCAACCCAGGCCCACUCCUCGGGAUAUCGUACUUGCAGCUUGUGGGCCUGAGUCGAGAGGUGGCUCACCGGCCGACGGGGUGGGGAUCAACUGUACGCAUCCCCAAUACAUCUCUGGACUGUGUCGAGAUUUUACGCAGGCUUUGGUGGAUCUAGCUGGAGAAGGGAAGGUUAAAGAGGGAGAGACGGCGAUGGUCUUGUACCCAGACGGUGGGAAAGUCAUCGAUGAGAACAAUCAGUUGAAGAAGGAAGAUAUGCCGCACCAGAUCUGGGCGGAGAGCCUCGCGAACCCGAUCAAGACGCUGAAAGAGGCAAGAGAUGGGUUAGGGAGGGACGUGUGGAAGCAAGUGAUCGUGGGAGGAUGCUGCGAGUCUUCAUUCGCACACAUCAAGGAGCUCAGGGCAGUAGUCGACUCGUUGAACUGA